AUGCAGCAAGUUCAUCCCUUACUGUUCCGGUACAGUUACAGGAGGAGAAACCCUGGACGCUUCACACCGGACUCACUCAUGGAUCUCACCCUAGACUUACCCUGCAGAUGUCCUCGCUGUGGUGAGGGCAUCUUCAAGAUGAACAGCAACUGGAAGACCACCAAAGUGCUGGGAUUGCUGAUGUUAGCCAACUUCCUCAUCUACGUCGUGGUGGAAGUGUCCCGAAGCUACGGGCAUGGACGAGACAUGUACAAUCGAGGGAAACUGACGCCCAAAAAGUUCUGGAAGAAGCCGGAGGUCAGUCUGGCGUUCUGGAAUCGCGUGCAGGAGCGUCUCGAUGACAUCUACUACCUGCCACUUGCAAAUGGCAGCGAGGCCCCUCGAGACUUUCGGGGAAUCCCACGUUGGCUGAAUCGCACGAGUCCCUGCAAGCCGGACAGCAGGGUGACGACAGAGAUUGAAGACUUUAAGUCCCUACCGCAGCGAUUCCAGGACUUCUUGUUGUACAUGGGAUGUAGGUCAUACCCCUUGAUAACGGACGCACCCAACGUGUGUUCUGAAACGCCGUACCUCUUGCUUGCAGUGAAGUCCAUUGCGGCACAUUUCGACCGACGGCAGGCCAUCCGGGAAUCAUGGGGCCGCGCUGGGAUCCUCGACGGCCGGCGCAUUGCGACAGUGUUCCUACUUGGCAGCACGGCAGCGACGGACCACUUCCCGAACUUGUCGGACAUGGUCAAGCACGAAGCGGCGUCGUACGGCGACGUCCUGCAGUGGGAUUAUCGAGACUCGUUCUUCAAUCUCACCUUAAAGGAAGUCCUCUUUCUGGAGUGGUUUGGGACUCAUUGCGCUUCUGCCAAGUAUGUGUUCAAAGGCGACGACGACGUUUUCGUCAAUACGCGGCAUAUGCUGGCUUACCUGGGCAACUUUUCUGUGUCCAAUACACAGGACCUUUUUGUUGGCGAUGUGAUCACCAAUGCUGGACCACACCGAACCAAACACCUCAAGUAUUACAUCCCCGAGAGCGUGUUUCGAGGAGUUUACCCACCGUACGCCGGAGGCGGAGGCUACCUGUAUUCUGGGAAUCUGGGGCUGCGGUUAAGAAUGAUCUCGCGUCUGGUCACGUUGUACCCGAUAGACGACGUCUACACUGGGAUGUGUCUGAAGAGACUGGGACUAGUACCGGAGAAACACAUGGGCUUUAAGACCUUUGACAUUGAGGAGAAGCACAGAGAGAAUCCUUGUGCUUACAAAAAGCUGAUUCUGGUCCAUCCCAGGAGCCCACAGGACAUGAUAAAGAUCUGGUCUUGGAUUAAUGACCCAAAAGCGAAAUGUUACAUCGCAAAUACAUCGCAAGCGAAGGGCGCAAAGCGACGCAACAGAAGCAAAUAG